UAAAAUAAAAUCCCCAAUAUAAUAUAAUUCAUCAUAACCCAAAAUUUCAAAUCCCUCUCUCUCACAGUCACAGACACACGCAGAAUCAUCGGAGCAAUGUAUGGAAGCGAAUUCGACGGUAGCGCUGCCUUCUCCGGCGGCGGAUUCAUGCCCUCUCAGGCCACCCAGGCUCCCGAUCCUUCCUUCUCUACCUCCAAGAAUCGUGAUUCCCAGUCGUUGCUUCCGCUGACUGUGAAGCAAAUUAAUGAAGCUCUUCUGACAAGUGAUGAUAAAUCUAAUUUUAGUAUUGAUGGUGUUGAAGUCAACAAUGUUACACUUGUGGGAAGGGUAUGCAACAGAACUGGGAGAGUGACUGAUGUUACUUUCUUACUUGACGAUGGGACUGGAAGGAUUGAGUGUAACAAAUGGGUUCAAGAAUUCGUAGACUCAAAUGAAGUUGAAGGAAUCUUGGAGGGAAUGUAUGUUCGCAUCCAUGGACACUUGAAAGGCUUCUUGGGAAAGCGGAGUUUAAAUGUUUUCUCUAUAAGGCCCAUCACUGACUUUAAUGAGAUUGCAAGCCACUUCAUUGAUUGUAUAUAUGUCCAUCUCUAUAAUUCCAGGUUACGGAAACUACAAGGUGUUGGUGUUACCACACAGCCACAGAUGCCUACUUCAACUAGUACACCUAUGAUGGGGCACCAAGCUACCUCAGUAAAUCAGCUCUCUAGUCAAUACGGUAAUGUUGGUGGACAGAAGAAUAUUGAACAAAUGGUCUUAGAAUUUUUGCAGCUUCCUGCGUCCAAUGCUGAUGAAAAAGGGGUACACCGUGAUUUAAUUGCCCAACAAUUAAGAGUUUCAGUGGAUAAGCUCAUGUUAGCUAUUCAAAAUCUUGUAGAGGAGGGCUUGAUUUACUCUACAACCGAUGACUUUCAUUUUAAGUCAACUAUCAAUGGUUGACAUCUCCUGUUUGCAAGUUUAUGCGAGUCUGCCGGAGAGUCUUAGAUUCAGUUAGGUCCUGCUGUGAUUACUCUCUCAUUUUGCAUUUGUCAUGGUGUGAAGCCCUGCCCGCAUACAGGAGAUAUAUCUAUAUGAGACCAGAUUUAAUAGUCAAGUGACAUUUCUUUUAGUACUAAAAACUUCUUUUUUUUAAUGAAAGUAACGCAUCUUAAGUAGAUUAUAACUUGAUAUUGCUAGUGGUAUUUUGUGCAAA